AGUGGAUUGAGAGCUGGAAGGAAGCUCCCUUUGGCACCGUGAACAGGUGUUCAUCUGAAAUCACAAAACUUGGCCACCACACGGUUCUUGCGCUCAGUCUUAGUGAUAGUCGGGGUGCAGUCAGGACGCACGGUAACGAACCGAACAGGAACCACUGCGAUAAACACAUGAAUUCUGAAGGACGGACCUGACAUAAUGGGGAAAUAUAAGAUAUCAUUUAAACAGAUGUUCUGUGUCCUCUCCAUCGUCUGUGGUUCGGAUAUCUGCUCGGGGUAUGUUUAUGACCGCCCUGAAAGGUCUGUAGAGGAGGCUGCUUCUUCAAGGACAGACACUCCUUCAGACUCCCCGUGGAUCAGCACGUCAGGAUCCUGCCAGAACAGAUGCUUUGAAUUGGACGAGGCUGAACCUCCCAACUGCCGCUGUGACAACUUAUGUAAAACCUAUAACAGCUGCUGCCAGGAUUUUGAUGAGCACUGCUUGAGAACAGAGGGAGGUUUUGAGUGCAGUAAGGAGCGCUGUGGAGAGACCAGGAAGGACCAGCAUGCCUGUCACUGUUCUGAGGACUGUCUGGCCAAAGGAGACUGCUGUACCAACUACAAAACACUCUGUAAAGGGGACACUACUUGGUUGCAGGAUGACUGUGAAGACAUUAGAACCCAUGAAUGUCCGGCUGGGUUUGUCCGUCCCCCUCUCAUUAUGGUGUCAGUGGAUGGGUUCAGAGCCUCCUACAUGAAGAGAGGAAGCACAGUGAUCCCCAACAUCGAGAAACUCAGAGCCUGUGGUACCCAUGCUCCUUACAUGAGACCCGUGUACCCCACGAAAACGUUCCCCAAUCUCUAUACUCUUGCAACGGGCCUGUACCCUGAGUCCCAUGGCAUCGUUGGCAACUCCAUGCAUGACCCUGUGUUUGAUGCCAACUUUAACCUGCGGGGUCGAGAGAAGCUGAAUCAUCGUUGGUGGGGAGGUCAGCCGAUCUGGAUUACAGCAGUGAAGCAGGGGGUGAAAGCUGGCACUUUCUUCUGGCCUGUGUCCAUCCCGUUGGAGAGGAGAGUCCUGACCAUGCUACAAUGGCUUCAUCUGGCAGACGGAGAGAGGCCUUAUGUUUACGCCAUGCACUCCGAGCAGCCGGACACGUUUGGCCACAAGCUGGGGCCCAUGAGCACUGAGCUGAACAACCCUCUGAAGGAGAUUGAUAAGAUAAUUGGUCAGCUGAUGGACGGCCUGAAACAGAUGAAACUCCACCGAUGUGUCAACAUCAUCAUGGUGGGAGAUCACGGUAUGGAGGAGGCUCACUGUGACAGGACAGAGUUCCUCAGCUCAUACAUGCCGUCCACUGUUGAUGACAUCAUCCUGAUCCCCGGCUCCCUGGGCAGGAUCCGCUCCAGGUACCCCAACAACCCCAAAUAUGAUGCCAAAUCUGUUAUUGCAAAUCUUACAUGUAAAAAGACAGAGCAGCACUUCAAGCCCUAUCUGAAGCAGCAUCUCCCCAAGCGCCUUCACUACGCCAACAACAGGAGAAUAGAGGGCAUCCACCUGUUAGUGGAGAGGAAGUGGCAUAUCGCAAGGAAGUCUCCAGAAGGAGGAAAGAGGCACCCUGGGAAAUGUGGUUUUGCAGGAGAUCACGGUUAUGACAACAAGAUAAACAGCAUGCAGACUAUUUUCUGUGGAUAUGGACCUAUGUUUAAAUUCAAGACCAAAGUGCCAGUUUUUGAAAACAUUGAACUUUACAAUGUCAUGUGUGACCUGCUUGGCCUGAACCCUGCCCCUAACAACGGGACUCAUGGCAGUCUGAACCACCUGUUGAAGAGCCCGGUCCACAAGCCCACCGUGCCAGAGGAGGUGUCUAAACCCACCAUCUCAGGUCCCAUCAUUACUCUGACCGAUGACUUAGGCUGCAGCUGUGAUGACAAGAACAAAGUGGAAGAGCUUAAUCAGAGACUGAGGCAAGCUGUCGAUGACAGCAAGAACCUCCCUCAUGGUCGGCCUGCAGUUCUGUUCCGUACUAAAUACAGCAUUCUACACCACAGUGACUAUAUCAGUGGGUACAGUGAAUCACUGUCUAUGCCCCUGUGGACGUCCUACACAGUCUCCAAACAGGUAGAAGUAACCCCUCUACCAGAGCAUCUGACUAACUGUGUCAGACCUGACAUCCGUAUCCCUCCGGGCUUCAGCCAAUCCUGCUCCAACUACAAGGCGGACAAACAGAUCUCCUUCGCCUUCCUCUACCCUCCACAGCUGGCUCCGACCCAAGACGGCAAAUUUGAUGCAGUCCUCAUCACUAACACCGUACCCAUGUACCCAGCAUUCAAAAGAAUAUGGAGCUACUUCCAGAAGACUCUUGUGAAGAAGUAUGCCAUGGAGAGAAAUGGGCUCAACUUGAUCUGUGGGCCCAUAUUUGACUACGACUACGAUGGCCUGAGAGACUCGGCAGAGAAAAUUAAACAGUAUGGAAGUGGUUCAGGGCCCAUUCCAACCCACUACUACUGUGUGAUAACCAGUUGUCUGGACUUCACCCAGGCUGAGGACAUCUGUACUGGACCUCUUAGCAGCUCUGCCUUCAUCCUACCACACCGCUCAGACAACGACGAGAGCUGCAGUAGCUCUGAGGAUGAGUCUAAGUGGGUGGAGGAUCUGAUGAAGUUGCACACGGCCCGGGUCCGAGACGUGGAGAUCCUCACGGGCCUGGACUUCUACCGUCGGACUAGCCGGAGUUACCCUGAAAUCCUCUCACUGAAGACUCACAUGCACACGUAUGAGAGCGAGAUCUAAACCACUGUCUACCUACCCUCUCCUGUCUACCUACCCUCUCCUGUCUACCUACCCUCUCCUGUCUACCUACCUGUCUACCUACCUGUCUACCUACCCUCUCCUGUCUA